AUGUCGGCAUUCAAUGAGCCUGCAGAUACAGACUCACGUCUAGAUAGCGACCGGAAAUGGAGUCUGCAACCUCUUCUUCGCAGCGCUGAGCGCUCGCAUAGCAAAAUGCCCGGUAUUAGGAAGAUUCCCCUUCGCGCUAUUGGAAUUAUUGCCUUUAUUGCGUUGUUGAAUAUUAUAGUUUGGGUGGCGGCGGCUAUUGUGUUGAGCUAUAAUCCUUCGCUGGUUUCUACAGCUGCUCUUGCCUAUUCUCUUGGAUUGAGACAUGCAUUCGAUGCAGAUCACAUUUCUGCUAUCGAUCUAAUGACUAGAAGACUUUUGGCAACGGGACAAAAGCCCGUUACUGUGGGAACUUUCUUCUCGCUUGGUCACUCAACCAUUGUGAUCAUCACAUCUAUUGUCGUCGCGGCUACAGCCGCAGCAGUCUCUGACCGCUUCGACAACUUCAGCACAGUCGGUGGAAUCAUUGGUACAUCCGUCAGCGCUGCCUUCCUGAUCCUGCUUGGUCUUAUGAAUGCGUACAUCUUGUAUAAGCUUGUGAAGCAGAUGCAAAAGGUCUUCAGUCUCCCUGAAGGCUGCGAAGAUGAAGCUUGGAAGGUCGAGGGUGGAGGAGUCCUUUUCUCGAUCUUGAAGAAAAUGUUCAAAUUGAUUGACCGUCCAUGGAAGAUGUAUCCCCUUGGAGUUCUGUUCGGUCUUGGCUUUGACACUUCCUCCGAAAUCGCUCUACUUGGAAUCUCAUCCAUCGAAGCAGCAAAGGGAACAUCCUUUUGGGUGAUUCUCAUUUUCCCAGCUCUAUUCACGGCUGGUAUGUGUCUCCUUGACACAAUCGAUGGAGCCCUGAUGUUCUCUCUCUACAUCCAGCCCGCGGCCAAUUUCCUCCCGCCAAAGCCAAACACCAUCUCAGACACCUCAUCAGCAGCCAGCGAUCCAGAUCUGCUCCCGCAAUCGCAAGGCAACCACCGCGACCCAAUCGCAUUCCUGUACUACUCAAUUGUGCUAACCACGCUAACCGUCAUUGUGGCGAUUAUCAUUGGCGUGAUCCAGCUACUCAGUCUCAUCCUGAACGUCACACAUGCCACAGGCAAAUUCUGGGACGGCGUUGAAGUCGCUGGUGAAUACUACGACGCUAUUGGCGGUGGUAUUUGCGGUUGCUUUAUUAUCUUUGGUGGCCUGAGCGUUGUAGUCUAUAAGCCAUGGCGCAGGUGGAUGGAUCAGCGGUAUGGGAAGAAUGUCGUUAAUGAUGUGGAGAGAUAUAGAGAUGACGAUGAUUCUCCUGCUGAUACCCCUGGCGGUGGUAUCAUCGUGACUGAGACCACUAGUCGUACUCAGCAGGACGGUACAAUUACUGAGGUUGUUGGGAAGGGGGGCUCGUCUCACAUUGCUAUUAAGGAGACCCGUGAGCCGAGACUUGAGGACCACAUCGUGUAA